AUGGAGACCCCGGGAGCUGUGGAACCGAAGACCCGGCGCGACGGCGUGGGAGCAAGUGCGCAGGCGCGCGCUGCGUCUCCGGCCUCGGCUCGGCGCAGCAGCUGGGAUCGGGAUCGAGGCCUGGCGUCGCGUGACGCGCCCGGGCGCAGAGGGAGCCACCAGGUGUCCGAGACCAUGGCGAUGACCCUUCUGGAAGAUUGGUGUCGAGGGAUGGAAGUGGACAUCCACAGGUCUCUUUUGGUCACUGGCAUCCCAGAGGAUUGUGGCCAAACAGAAAUUGAGGAGACCUUGAAUGGGGUCCUCUCCCCACUGGGCCCUUACCAGGUGCUGAACAAGAUUUUUUUGAGGGAGGAGAAUGGCAAAGCAGCCCUCAUUGAGGUUGGCGAGGGUGUGAAUCUGAGCGCCAUACCCCGGGAAUUCCCUGGAAGGGGUGGUGUCUGGAGAGUGGUCUGUAGAGACCCCACCCAGGAUGCUGAGUUUUUAAAAAACCUGAAUGAAUUUUUGGAUGCAGAGGGGCGCACCUGGGAGGAUGUGGUCCAUCUUCUCCAGCUCAACCAGCCUCCCCGGCCCCAGAACCAGCCCUCAGAGAACUGGGCAGAAGCUUUGGGGGUGCUCCUAGGAGCAGUGGUGCAAAUUGUCUUCUACGUGGAUGCUGAGAUACGCAGCCGGGAGGAAGCUAGAGCUCAGGAGAUGGCUGAGGAGGUGGCAGCCUGGGCUUCAGUAGCAAGGAAGAAGGUCAAAAAGGAGCCAGGGCUUGCUGCAGAGGAGGGCUCUGCUUUGAAGAUGGAGAGCCCCAUUAACUGGAACAACAUGGAAGAUGAGGGUGACCCUCCGAAACCUUUGGUUUGUAAGGCUGGAGCUAAGACUCGCUCCAGGAGAAAGAAGCAGAAAAAAAACCCCAAGCAGGAACCAGUGCCCUGGAAAAAACCCAAAGGCAACCAUUCCAAGAGUUCGGCCUACUUGGAGGAUCCUGAGGCUGGUGAUGCUGAAAGCAUGGCGAUCUCAGAAUCUGUCAAGAGCAACAAAAAGCUCACUGUGAAGCAGGAAGAGUCAGCUUUGAAGAAGACAGAGUGGGCCUGGAAGGCUCCCAGAGACCCACCUCAGGAUGCCCUAGCAGAAGCUGAGAGCCCUGGAGGCACCUCUGAGUCAGACCAAGAUGCUGGUCAGGAAAGCCCCCCAAAGAAGAAGGCCAUAAGCUGGGCCUCGGCAAGGAACACUACCCCCAUGAGGAAGAAAAAGAAGGUGAGCUUGGGCCCUGUCUCUUAUGUCCUUGUUGACUCAGAAGACAUCAAGAAGAAACCAGUUCCAAAGAAAGGGCCAGGCUCAAGACGGGCCCCUCGAGGCCCACCCCCUAGUGCAUCACCAGCCUCAACAUCAAGGGGUCCGAAGGUCAAGCCAGAAAGCUCUCCUCAUGCCUCCAAUGCCACAGAAUCCAGAAAGUGUUAAUUUGGGGGCUACCCAUACCCCAGGAGUUCAAAGAAGACCAAGGAAGAAGUUCCAAGUCAGGAGCAAAGUUUUCUCUUGUCACUGAAUGAAACAAGACUUUGGACUCUUAGAGACCCCGUUAGUAGACAUCUGGCUCUCAGAGGUAAAUGAUAACACAAGGUCUUAGAUGGGAGGCAUGGGGGGAGGGAGGUGGACCUCUUUGCCUUUUUUAAAAACCAGGCCUGCCUUUUCACCUCCUCUUUGACUCACCUUCAGAGGCGGGAGAGUUGGUAAGUGGAUUGGGAAAAUUCUGGAACUGUUCAUUCCCCAUUAUGCAUGGGCAGGAUCAUUGUUAUGCUCAUCCAUGUCUGGCCUUUCUCCCCCACUCCCUGCUUCCUCUUCUGGGUGGUCAUCCAUAUCUGUGGGGUCUGGUGUUUGGAAGGGCAGGGCAGCCAUUUUCUCCCUUGCAGCCUCUCUGUGCUGCCACCAGUGGGUAGGUUAAGCCAGGAUCUUCAGUGCAGGCCUGGCUUCUUUCAGUCUUCAGCUUCUAUCCAGAAGGUCCCAAGAGUUAGUUUUAAGGAAAAAGAAUGUCUGCUUAGCCUUUGAAGCAUUUGAGUUUUAGAGUCCAUUAAUAAAAAUGGCACUUUGAUUCCCAUUUGGGGUGAAGCCCUCUCAGGAAGCCAUUGGGGAAGGCGGGUAAUUGGUAAGGAAGGACUCAGGCAUUCCUAGGUUCCCAGCUCUAAUUACAUCCAAUGUCACCAAACUGUCACCAUCUUUGAGGCUGAAGACCACUUCUCAUAUUACGGUAAGAGGGGAAAAAAAAAUCUUUAAAAAAUUGCCUGUUAAUUUCUGCCCUCUGAAUUUAGACUCUAAAUCAGACCAGACUUCCAUGUCUCAUGGCAUGUGUGUGUGUGUACGUGUACGUGUACGUACACACGUGUAGGGUAAGGGGCAGGAUCCCCAAGAUCAGUGGUUUCCAAACUGUAUCCUAGGGAGUCCCAAGGCGUCCGCAAAUAUGUAAUCCAAAUCUAUUUUUCGUGUGUUUUAAAAAAAAAUACUGAAAAAUGACUACUCAAAUAUGUUGUAAACCAAACCAGUCUCUUCGAAGAAUAUUACCUUGUGUUCAUAGGUUAACUUGUUUUUGUAAAGGUCUUGAAUUAGUUUUUUCUGCCAUCUCUUUUCAUAUAAUUGAAUUUCUUAUAAAUGUGACUUUGGUGAGGAAGGUUAGAAGUGAAAGAAUUCAGUCCUGUGCAUGUCCUAUAACAUAACGACCUGAAAGCAAGUUUCCUCUUGCAAUUCACACACUCUUGUUCUGCUGUGAUUCUUUAGCUGUGUGACAACAAGUAAAUUUAUUAAUGUGCUGCACAGUAAUAUUCUAUCUUAAAGUUUUAGCCUGUGUAAGUUUUCAAGGUCUCAUUCCUGACUUCAGUUUUUUGUGGUAAAUAAUGUGAACAGCUGUUAGAUGUUGUUAGUGAUUGAACUUUAAAACAAUUUUCUUGAGAUGAUUCAUUUCAAAAUCCUGGACGAGUCUAACUGAAGAUGCAGAAAAAAAGAGAAUGGUUUCCAUUUGCAGCUACUCAUCUGUGUGCAUCAAGAUUUUCCUUGGAUGUGUGCGGAACUUAAUACAGGAGUGAAUUGGACUCUCAAGGUGACAAAAGCCUGCAACUGUCCAGCUCCUAAUUUCAUAAUUGGGUUCAUUAGAGCUUCAUUGUGUUAACAAAUUGACAGAAUCCAUGAUUAGAAAAUGUAAAUGUAUACGUGUAAAAUAAA